AUGCUGCUGGUAGCUGGGCUCGCCGCUGGGCACGGCGCAGACCUCAACGAUGUGCUCAAAACGGCACUCUACAUCGAACCUGGAAAUUUUGAAAGCUUUGCCGAAGCCUUCAAAGACUUAGCGGAUCAGACAAAGGCGAAGGCAGAUGACACACUCCUGCAGUCGGAUGCUGUCAACGCUCGGGACACGUACUUUGCGGCUGCUACCUAUUAUCGUGCUGCCGACUUAUUUCUCCACGGCAACUGCAGCGAUCCGAGGAUCAACGAAUUCUGGGACUUGCAGACCGAUUGUUUUAACAAAGGUAUAUCCGCUUUGCCGGUUCCUGGAGAACGCAUCACUCUGAAAGCGAACGGUUUCAAGAUCCCAGCGAUAUACUACGGUCCAUCGCAGCCGGUUCCAAAUGUAAAGCGUCCAACAUUACUCCUUUGCGAAGGAUAUGACGCCGCCCAGGAGGAGCUACUACACUUCAACGUCUUUUUCCCCCUGAGUCGAGGUUGGAACGCCAUUACAUUCGAGGGGCCUGGACAGCCAACUGUGCGCCGGAACCAAGACAUUGGCUUCAUCCCCGACUGGGAGCGAGUAGUGACUCCGGUCGUUGACUACUUGUACACCCGUUCAGACAUCGACUUCGAAAGGCUCGCUCUUCUAGGUAAUUCUUUCGGUGGUUACCUCACCGCCCGCGCUGCAGCAUUUGAGCCGCGUCUCAAGGCACUCAUCUUAAACGGUGGCAUUUAUGACUCUCAUCAGGCCUUUGUCGGUCAACUCCCAGCGAACUUACAGGCACUCUACGACGCUGGAGACAAGGACCAAUUCGACGACCUCAUCGGCGAGGCUCUGCACAGCGAGAACGCACCCAGCCAAUUCCGGUGGGAUGUAGAGCAAGGACUCUGGGCCUUCAAGAUCCAGGCUUACACGAUUGCCAACAUCACAGAUCGAAUCCGGAUGCCCACCUUCAUCGCCAAUGCAACAGAUGACCAAUUCUUCGCUGGCCAGCCUCAGCUUGUGAAGAAUGCACUCGGCGAUCGAGCAACUUUGUAUUCUUUCGACGGAGCCGCGGGAUACCAUACGCAGGUUGGUGCGUCUGUCGAGUCGAACAGAGUCAUUCAUAUGUGGCUGGACUCCGUGUUCAAUAUGACUUCACAGGCUGUUGCGGUGUAUUGA